GGAGUGUCCAUGCCUUAACCUCCACACCACCUGCUGAUCCCUAGAUUUCAUUACUUUUUACCUAAUGUCCUUUUUUGUUCCUGGAUCCCUUCCAAGGUCUCGUAUUACAUUUAGUUGUCAUGUCUCUUUAGGCUCCUGGGCUGUGGUGCUUUCCCAGACUUCCCUUGUUUUGGAUGACCUUGACAGUUUGGAGGAGUCCUGGAAAAAGCGGAACCAGACGAUUGAUAUCAAUGUUGCUGACAGGUGCGAGGACCGAAAGCCUAAGGAGAACAUCAACCCGCUUUCCAAGUACCAUGUCCGCCAUAGAGAUCUUGGGAAGAUCCAUAAGGCCACACUCACAGGAAAUGUGGCCGAAGUGCAGCGUAUUCUGCUUCUAAAUAAAAAUGGUCUGAAUGAGCCAGACAAAUGUGAAAGAACUGCUCUACAUUUGGCCUGUGCCAGUGACCAUCCAGAAGUGGUGAGACUCUUGGCGGAGAGAAAAUGCCAGCUAGAUCUUCUGGAUGGUGAUCAGAAGACGGCUCUAAUAAAGGCUAUCCAGUGCAGGAAUGAAGAAUGUGCAAGCAUUCUCCUGGAGCAUGGUGCUGAUCCAAAUGUGACAGAUUACCGUGGCAACGCUGCUCUUCAUUAUGCUGCUGCUCAUGACAAUGUAUCAAUAGCAGAAAAACUACUUUCACACAAUGCGCCUAUAGAAGCCAAAAAUGAG